AUGGGAGUCGUUGUCUUCACCACCGUUACCACGUUCAGCAGGUUUUUACCGGCAGACGAAUUAACCGCAGAGGUGUCCUCCACGAAGAACGGACCAGGGUAUGACAGCCGGUGUCCUCCAGCCCCUGGGGGAGCGAACAUCUUUUACUGUAACACUGCACUCCUGCAUGGAUUCUCAAACUGCUGGGAUAAUGGAGUAAUAAUACAAGGAAAGAUGGCGCAGGCCUGUCAGAGACAUGAUAAACCAAACAGACUGAGGGAAGAGCUGAGCUGCAUGCUGGUUGGCGAUGGAGCUGUGGGGAAGACCAGCAUGAUCAUCAGCUACAUCUUCAAUGGAUACAACAGCGAGUACAGACAAACAGCUUUUGAUGUUUUCACUGGUAUGGUUCAUGUGAAUGGCAUCCCAACUCGAGUUAAACUGAUAGAUACAGCUGGUCAGGAGGAGUUUGGCCACCUCCGCUCUCUGUGCUAUGCCCAUGUGGAUGUCUUUGUCAUCUGCUUCAGCCUGGUCAACCCUGUCUCCUUUGACAACAUCACCUCCAAAUGGAUCCCUCAGAUCCGUGCCGGCAACCCAACUUCUCCCAUCGUUCUUGUUGGAACUCAAUCAGACCUUCGCCACAAUGUGGACGUCCUUAUUCAUCUGGACCAGCGACGCACCAAACCAGUUCACUUCAGCCGGGCCAGAAGGCUGGCACACAGGAUCAGAGCUCAUGACUAUGUGGAGUGUUCAGCUCUAACACAACACAAUCUCAAAGAUGUGUUUGAUUGUGCUGUGUCUGCUGCCAUUAAGCACAAGAACACUGGCACUAAAUCUAAAAAGCUCGGCCUGCUUAGACGUUUAAAGACGUUUUGUGAUUGUGGAUGGAGGAAAAUCUUCAGAUACAUCUGA